UCAAAUAUUUUUGUAAUACUUUAAAUGAAAGUAUUAUAUUCCAACUAACUUAUACACUCUUAAUGAUAAAAUCUAUUGUUAACUCUAUUCAAUAGUAAUUUUAUCUACCAAAGAUAAGGUUAUCAAUAUCGAAGUUCAAGUUUUCUAUGUAUAAGAACUUUCUAUAACUUAAACUUUUGGUCUUAAAAUGGAUCUUAAAACUUUACUUAUAUUAAUAACUAUUUCUAUAUAUUUUAUAUUACCAAUAUAUUGUAAAACUAAGGAUGUUGGACAACCUUUAUUUUGUGAUGGAUGUUUAGCAGUUUUAAAAGAAUUACAUAAGAAAUUAAAAAAUUCAAUGGGAAGAAAAAAAUUAAUAAAGUCAUCUCUAGAUAAUCUUUGUGUGGUAGAUAAUUUUGUUGUUUAUAGAUUUAGCCCACCCAAAAUGAUCAGAGCGUGCGACUAUGUUCUAGAAAAUUAUCGAGAAGAGCUAGAAGAGAGUCUUAUAUCUUAUUAUAAAAAGUAUAAAACAGAAAAAAAUCUAUUGUUACAAGAAGAAUUUUGUGAUAGGAAAAUUAAAGCGUGCGAAGGUAUAGAAAAACCACCCGAAGAAGGUUUGGGAAUUCGUCCAGAAGGAUUAAGUAUUGAAGAAGCAAAUGAGAAACUUAAAGAUAUGUCUCAGAUUGAGGUGGAAAGUAAUCUAGAAAAACCGAUAGAAAGUACAACUCCUUUAUCUAGAGAAGAACUAGAGCUGCAGAGUACAGAAGGUUCCUUACCAUUACUAGCCAUGAUUAAAGGAGAACACUGUAACACACAGAAGGACAGAACAAAAGAAGAUAGAAGUGCUUUUGGUCUUAAAAUGGAUCUUAAAACUUUACUUAUAUUAAUAACUAUUUCUAUAUAUUUUAUAUUACCAAUAUAUUGUAAAACUAAGGAUGUUGGACAACCUUUAUUUUGUGAUGGAUGUUUAGCAGUUUUAAAAGAAUUACAUAAGAAAUUAAAAAAUUCAAUGGGAAGAAAAAAAUUAAUAAAGUCAUCUCUAGAUAAUCUUUGUGUGGUAGAUAAUUUUGUUGUUUAUAGAUUUAGCCCACCCAAAAUGAUCAGAGCGUGCGACUAUGUUCUAGAAAAUUAUCGAGAAGAGCUAGAAGAGAGUCUUAUAUCUUAUUAUAAAAAGUAUAAAACAGAAAAAAAUCUAUUGUUACAAGAAGAAUUUUGUGAUAGGAAAAUUAAAGCGUGCGAAGGUAUAGAAAAACCACCCGAAGAAGGUUUGGGAAUUCGUCCAGAAGGAUUAAGUAUUGAAGAAGCAAAUGAGAAACUUAAAGAUAUGUCUCAGAUUGAGGUGGAAAGUAAUCUAGAAAAACCGAUAGAAAGUACAACUCCUUUAUCUAGAGAAGAACUGUGAUUGAUUUUAUCACUUUUUAUUACGUUUAUUACAAAUAUUAUACUUAUAAUUUAUCACUUUUCUGGUUUUUUUUUAAAUUAAAAAAUAAAU